UGUUGUUCCAGGGGAAAGUGUAGCUGGUUUGGCUGCAUUUUCGGAGCUUUUGCGUUCGUCCCCUCUUGGUGAGUGGCGGCGCGGAGAGGUGUCGCGGCUAUUACACGGGCACGUUUUGCCUGAGCACAGCAUGUUCCGUGAGCAUAAAUUUCACGAGCUGCUCACGCAGUUAAUUACACGGUAGGGGCUAUGUUCAGCCAUUCCAUCAGCAAGUUUCUGCGUUUAUAACGGGGCCCUAUUGUUUUGUGAUCAGCUGCUAGCCACACCAGGCGAAAUUCUUCAUCAUCAAUGCCUCCUUACAUUUAUACAAGAGAGCAGAUGACGCGAAUGGCUAUGGCCUUGGUUGUCAUCGCCAUGGCUGAGUACGAGGAGUCUGCAGGUGGUGGAAAAAACAGGAAGAGGAGGAAAAUAUGGACUCGACCGUGGCUGGCACGACGUGUAGAAGGAAGCCAGUACAACAACCUCAUUCAAGAACUGGCACUUGAAGACCAAGAUAGAUACAAAAAUUGGAUGCGGCUGGAUAGAAACCAGUUUCUGGAGGUGUUGGAGCUGAUAAAACCUGCCAUCGCAAAACAAGACACCAACAUGAGAGCUGCAGUUCCCCCACAGGAUAGACUGGCCAUCACACUGCGUCACUUAGCUACAGGAGAAUCACAGCAGUCUCUCAGCUACCAGUUCCGUGUCAGCCAGUGCCUGAUAUCCUCAAUCAUCCCAACUGUGUGUUCUGCCAUCUACGCAGCCCUUCAGCCAAGCUACCUGAGCGUCCCUUCCACACAAGAAGCAUGGAAGAAAGUUCCUGCAGAUUUUUUUAGAGUGUGGAACUAUCCAUCAUGUAUUGGUGCCCUUGAUGGAAAAAGAAUAUUGAUUGCAAAACCAAACAACAGUGGAUCAGAUUUCUAUGAUUAUAAGGGCCACUGUAGUAUAGUGUUGAUGGUAUUAGUUGAUGCAGAUUAUAAGUUUUUGUAUUGUGAUGUAGGGAUCAACGGGAGAGCCACUGAUGGGGCAGUUUGGCAGAAAUGCACUCUAAACAAAGCUCUCGAAGUCAAACAACUGAACAUUCCUACACAUUCCUACACAGAAAAAGUGGCUCCAUAUGUCAUUGUUGCAGAUGAUGCUUUUUCCCUUGAAGGCAUGGAUGAUGAAGCCAUUCAAAGGAAAUUAUUUGCCAUAUGA